AUGAUCAGCACGGUCAUCACGAUCAAAAGGACCACCCAUCCACUCACCCCGCUGUCGUCGUCGUCCAAGGGGUCAGUCUGUUGCUCGCCUGAUGCGACUUCGGCGGUGGUGGUUGCUUCAUCACCUGUCUCGAGACUACUGUUGCCAUCGGCUGCAGGGGAAGAAUGGGAUGUCGUGGUUUGUGAGGUGGAGAAGGUGCUCUGUGAGGAGCUGGACGACGUGGAAGAGAACGUUAUGCUCUUUGAGGUGGAGGAGCUGCUUGACGUUCGCGUAAAUGUAGAAGAAGAAGUCUCAACGAAUGAUGUGGAAGAAAACGUCAUGCUGCUUGAGGUGGAGGAGAUGCUUGAUGUACGUGUAAAUGUGGAAGAGGAUGUCUCUGUCGAGCUGCUUGUGGUUGCUGAACUGGAGACGCUGCUG